AUGCAGCAGGACAUAUGUCGCAUGCUGAUCCCAAUGGCUCUUCAGACACCCUCCUUACUCUACGCUACCAUGGCCCUAUCGGCAAUCCAUAUCCAAGCACUACACAACCAGUCGGAGAGCGUAAAAUCUGCACCGGAGAUUGCCCGGCUCAUGGCUCUCAGUCUUGAACAUUUCCGAACGGAGCUGCAGAAUCCCUCAUCCAAAGACCCGGAGGCGUUGGUAGCGACGGCUCGGACGCUCUGUCUAGCUGAAAUACAUUCCGGGGCGAUCAACCCGAACUCGUGGAGAGCACAUAUUGACGGGGCACGGGCAUUGAUGAGGGCAUCGGACGCCGCUGGUGAAGAUUCUCUGCGGUCUACCAGCAGUUUCCGACGGUAUUUAGAUCGUUGGUAUUGGUCAAUCGUCUCUCUUACGGCACUAACGGGCAAUGGUCCACCCAUUGGAGAUCUUUCAGACUUCGCCUUCUCUGACUUGAUGGGUUUAGGCGGGUCUCCUGAUUAUCUAGAUGACUAUUGGGGGUUCAGUGUGGACCUUGCAGCUGUCUUUAGGCAGAUCGGCGCUGCUGCCUGGCGAAGCCAUGAAGUCGAGGAGAAUUUGCAGGGCUUUGUUGCAAUAAAAAUUGACAGCAUUGUUGCGGAUGAUGCCGAAUCAUUGGAGUUCGCAGUUCGACUGCUCAUGAAUCGUGACUCGAGCUCGCAGCCCUCCUUUUACCCCAGGGCCGCAGAAGGGUUAUCUGCGGAGAGUGCGCAGCAGCUCCUACUGUGUAAUCAGGCGUUCCAACACAGUGCGCUUAUUCAGAUCCACCGACGACUUCGGAAAACACCAACUACGUCGCCAGAAGUGCAACAGUCGGUCCAGCGUAUCCUGGAGUGCACCGCACAGAUUGGACCAUCUUCAGGUCUCUCGCCCUGGGUGAUGUUAACAACACCAAUCUUUAUUGCGGGCUGCGAGGCGCGCGGUCAAGAUCGAGAUACAGUUAGGCAACUGCUGUCAUCUUUGCAUGACACCAUUCGCGUUCCGAACGUUCUUCAGUCUUUGAGAUUCCUUGAGCAGUACUGGUCCAACCAGCUGAGUGACGAAGACUGGUGCCACUUUCUCGGUAAUAACUUUUUCAAGUCAUUCUUCGGUUAUGCUAACAUCUGA